CACAUUUAUUUACUCAUUAGAUCUUCUUUCAGAGAAAUUAUAUAUCUCUUUUAUUUUAUUAUAUUUUUAAAUUUAUUUUGCUGUCUACUAACAAAUGCUCCGUAAUAGCUGUCUAUACUUAUGGUCAUAUUUCUAUUUGUUUCAUAUUUUCUUUUCACUAAUAUCGCCUUGGUAUUUGCAAUUAGUAGACAAAAAUUAAUUCUAUCUGUUUUUUAUUUUCUCAUCUUCCACAAUGUAGUUUACUAUCUUUACAAAUUUGUCCGCCGACUGAAUAUUACUGGCUUUAUAAAUGAAAACACUUAAUAUGUUCCAUAAUUUGUUUUAAUAUAACGGAUAUUUUACCUUAUUACAAAUAUUCCUUUUACAAAGAAAGUUCAUUUACUUAAACUAGAUUAAAUCGGAACCGUCAGGGUGAGAAUCGCAUUCAAUUCUUUCAAUUUAUCAAAUCAUGUUGGAAAAGGUUACUGCUUUUUAUUCGGUAUUUUCUUGUCUUAAUUUUAGCAGACUGAUCAUUUUUAAUUAUAUGGUGCUAUAUAUGAAAAAUAUAUUUCCUUCUUUGUAAUACAGAGAAAAGAUCAGUUAUUGAGUUAUUUUGUUUUAAUUACAAUAUCACUUAAUUUACUUCCGUAAUUUUUGGUUUGUUUUAAUGAAAGCUUAAGUUAAAAUUCGGUUAUCUCAUAUUGAGAAAUACAAGUUCGUACAUAAAAUUUCCAUUAAAUCGAAGCUAUUCCCUAAAUUUUCGUUCAAUUCAAAUUAUGAAUGAAAUUCGAUAAAUACUAUGAAAGCAUUUAGCAUAAACUAUAAGCAAAAAUAAGCAAAUUUAAAGACCGAAAACGCGAGGCAAUAAAAUAAUGUGCAAUGUCAAAAUUUGUUUUCGAUAGUAUGCUACCGAAGUAUCCACAGUUUCAGCCAUUUAUCAGUUCACAUUUAACUUCAACCUCACAAAAUUCGUCAUCAGCAGCUGUUGCCGUCGCCCUCGCCGCCGCCGCAGCUUCUUCUACGGCUUCCGUUAAUACAUUAGCCAAUAGCUUUACCAACAACAACAACGGCAUUAACUCCAACAGUUACCAUAGCGGUAAUCACAUAUCAUCUGUCGCCGUCCACUCAUCGUCUUUAUCGCCAUCGACGCCUAGCGUCAAUAUUAGCAGCAGUCAUUUAAACCAGUCGUCCAACUCACCGGUGUCCUCGUCUUCGCCGUCGUCAACUACUUUCGGAACCCUUUCAACUCAACAACAGCAAUUGCAGCAGAACCACCAACAUCACCACCAGCAACAACAACAUCACAACCAAUAUUCUUUGUCGGCCGCCUUACAUUUACAACAGCAACAACAACAAUUACAUAUAAAUAAAUUAGCUGCCGCUGCUGCAGCUGUCAGUUCGCAAAGUGGUAACGGUCUAGGUCAUACUCACAGCAUUCAACAGCAACAGCAACUGUCCCAUCAGCAAUUGUUGCUCACACCCCCUUCUGGAACUAACUCCCAAACAGGAGAUAGCAGUUGCUCACCCUCGCCCUCAGCCACGUCAUCUUCGCUGCAUCGCAGCAUCAGCGAUCACUCACCCACCGCCGCAUCCGCCGUCGCUGUUGCAUCCGCUGCAGCUGCCAGCACUGUAGCAGCAGCAGCAGCCGCCGCCGCCGCUGCCUCUUCAUUUGCAAUACCUACCAGUAAAAUGUAUCCAUACGUAUCAAAUCACCCAUCAUCGCACGGCAUCUCUGGCAUGCCAGGCUUUUCCGGACUGGAGGACAAAUCAUGCAGCAGGUACACAGACAGUAUCAUGAACAGUUACCAAUCAAUGAGUGCACCCACCUCUGCAUCUAGUUUUGCGCAGUUUUAUCAACAUGCCGCUGCUGCGUCAGCCGCCUCUGCAGGCGCUGUUGGUGUUGACUCGCUCGGAAACGCUUGCACGCAGCCAUCAUCUGGCGUUUUGUCCACAGGCGGCGCUGGGCAGAGUAUUGCAGAUUUGCCAAGAUAUCCAUGGAUGACUUUAACAGAUUGGAUGGGAAGCCCCUUUGAGAGAGUCGUCUGCGCAGACUUUAAUGGUCCUAACGGUUGCCCACGUCGACGUGGCCGUCAAACGUAUACACGAUUUCAAACACUUGAGUUGGAGAAGGAAUUUCAUUUUAAUCACUAUCUAACCCGUCGGCGACGAAUUGAAAUCGCCCAUGCACUUUGUCUUACUGAGCGUCAGAUAAAAAUAUGGUUUCAAAAUCGACGCAUGAAAUUGAAGAAAGAACUACGUGCCGUUAAAGAAAUCAACGAACAGGCCCGUCGCGACCGCGAAGAGCAAGAAAAAAUGAAAGCUCAAGAGUCCAUGAAAUCCGCCCAGCAAACCGUCAAUAAACAGGUGCAGCAACAGCAGCAGCAGCAACAGCAACAACAACAACAACACCAACAACAGCAACAGGAUCAUCAUUCGAUCAUUGCACACAAUUCAGGACAUUUGCAUCACUCCGUCAUCGGUCAGAAUGAUCUUAAACUAGGUUUGGGAAUGGGUGUUGGUUCAGGUGUGGGAGUGGGCGUAAGCGGUGGCAUCGGCAGUAAUUUAGGCAUGAUGAGUGCGCUCGAAAAGAGCAAUCAUGAUUUGCUCAAGGCUGUAAGUAAAGUUACUUCGUAAAUUCAUAAACACAAAAGCAUUAAUUGCGAAAUUAGCAGCUGCGCAUGCAAACAAAGCCGAUUGGUAGUGAGUGCAGUUAUUACAGAUAUGGCUAAUAUAUGACACAAUUUCCCAGAUGGUCAUUGACUUAGUUUUGAUAAAAAAGGAAAAUCACAAAUACUAAACGAAAGAUGAUAACUUAAAUACGUAAAACAUUUUACUUAGUAAUUUAGUUACAUAAGCCUGAAAACUAUAAAUAUAUAUAUACACUAUACUUAAACCUAAAGUAUCAAAUCAGAUAUUUAUAUGUAUCUGCAUAAAUAAUUGUAUAUACAAAUAUAUACAUUAUAUAUAUGUAACACAUCAGUACAUGCAUGCAUAUUAUAAGUAAGGUGUUUAAAUUUAUACAUACACAUACACUUAAGCUUUUUAAAAUAAUCAAGAAAUGAGCAAAAGAGAUAUGGGAACACCAGAGCGCAGUUAGUCAAAAAAAAAAUUGGGGAGAGAUCAGAGCAUUUAAAAUUUUGUAAAUGGAAUUAAUGAUAAUUAGCCGUAAUGAUAAAUUAUUGAUACUUCCUUAAUUUUCAAAUUUACCUUACGUAUAAAAAUAUAUUUGCAAUAAUAAAAUGAAAAACCAGCAACUUAUUAGAAAUAUUCUCUCGACUCCCUAUGAUAUUUCAUAUUCCAAUAAAUAAUAAUAAUUUAUAUUUUCGCAAAAAUUUCUCUCCAAUGCCAUAAUUUAGUGAUAAUGAAUUGAGUAAGUAAUAUAAUAAUGCGCACUAAAUUGUAUAUUGUAAUGUAAUGCAAGUUCUUUGCAAUUAAAAUCUCAUUAAUGAUAGAAACACCAUAUUUCGGUAAGUUAUAGUUAUGCGAUAUUUAAAACAUAUAUUGUUGACUGCGUUGGUCUGCAGCAUUGACAGAACCAUGAUUACCAAAACGAAAGAAACAAGAAAACAUAGAAACUAGUAUACAUUUUAGCCAGUGACUAAAUAUAAAACUUAGAACUAUGCUUCAAAAAUUUUACAAGAAAAACAUCUAGCUACACAAAACAAAUAUAAAGUAACUGAAGACUAUGUUUUAUAAACAUAUGUAGCAAUUAAAAGUAAACCUUCUUAAAGAAAUAACACAGUUACAUGCAUAUAUACGAUAAAAUAAAUUUGUGUAUUAUACUGCAACUUCACUUAGAUAAUUCGUUGGUUGAAUAUACAGCAGUAAAGUGUGUUAGUAAUGUAAUAUGAAAACAGUACGCAAAUACAAGUGGUUAGCAAGGAAUGACUCAAUAUACGUAUUAGAUUUAAGCCCAUUAAAUAUGUAAUGAUUGAAUAUACAUAUAUUAAUUACUAAAAUAAUGAUAUAAAAUUUGUGAAUAAAUAUGAAAGCCCACACAAAGCCACUGUAUUAAUCGUCUUAUCAAUAUUUGAAACUGAAAUCUGCAAAAUAAAUAAAUUCAUAAGUGUUAAAUACGUAACUGAAUUAAGUUGAUCGAGAACACACUUAUAUUUGUAACAUCGAACAACAGCAAAGCUUAUAUGACGUUGAAUUCUCUUAUGUGAUUUAAAUAAUAUAUGAGCACACAUACAUACAUACGAUUAUAUGACUAAUUAAAACUAACUGAUUUGAUUGUUUCUACAGAAAUUGACAUACGAUCGGAAUUUAUAUUAGUAAAUAUUAAUUGGCUGAGACAUCACCUUUAUACUAUGUUACGGACUAUCCGAAUUUCAUUAUUACUUAACAAGUGGAAUAAUCUACGACAACUUUCGAUCGAUACUAUUGAUACUUUCCUAUUACGAGAGACUUUUUAUAUCAUAUAUAAGACAAACUUGGUAUAGUACAUGGGCUGCUUACUUUUCUUCCAUUUUUACAUUGCUUUAACUAAGUGUAAUUGAAAUAUGUUCAUUUAUUUGAUUAUAUAAAUAAUUUGUGUUACUUUUAAAUCAGUUUUCUGUUAAAUUUAGUAUUUUUAAGGUAUCUGGAAAGUCUUAAUUAUCUUUAAAUGAUAUGAUACCACCAAAAUUAAUAACUUUUAGUUAAUUUUGUUAACAAAUUGAUACGCGAUUUGUAAAAAUUGUAUAGUUUUCUUUAUGAAAUACAAAUGAUUCAGAUAUUACGAUUUCUGAUGUACAUGAAAGUCCAGUCAGUAACUCUUUGAUUCAUCGAAAGAAAUGAGUGCAAGAGUAUAUGCAAUUAAAAAAUAUAUAUUUAAAACAA